CCUCCCGAUCCCCACCCCCACCCCCACCCCCACCCCUAACCCAGCAGGAGGCAGGCCAGCAUGGACUCCGGCGGCGGCGACUCGUCCGGCAGCGCGGGCGCGGCUGCCGCGGCGGCCAAGUGGCGGAGGGAGGCGACGCGGGCGUUCCAGUACUACCUGGACCGGUCGACGCCGCACGCGACGGGGCGGUGGGUGGGCACGCUGGUGGUGGCCGGCGUGUACGCGCUCAGGGUCUUGUCCAUCCACGGCUUCUACAUCGUCAGCUACGGGCUCGGGAUCUACCUCCUCAACCUCCUCAUCGGAUUCCUCUCCCCCAUGGUGGACCCGGAGCUCGACCCCUCCGCCGCCGCCGCCGGGCCCGCCCUCCCCACCCGCGGAUCCGACGAGUUCAAGCCCUUCAUCAGGAGGCUCCCAGAGUUCAAGUUCUGGUAUGCAAUCACAAAGGCUUUUCUUAUAGCUUUUGUCAUGACUUUCUUCUCCGUGUUCGACGUCCCUGUCUUCUGGCCUAUACUGCUCUGCUACUGGAUUGUACUCUUUGUGCUCACGAUGAAGCGCCAGAUUCUGCACAUGGUCAAGUACAAAUAUGUGCCCUUCAACAUCGGCAAGCAGAAAUACGGCGGGAAGAAGGGUGGCGCGAGCAGCAGCUCGUCGAAAGACUGAUCCCCGGUGUGCAAGGGAACAAUGCAAGGGCGGGCGGGCGGGCGCAAGAUACAGUCCAACAACAAGGCUUAUUCCAUGUGCCAACAAGUGUAAUACUUCAUUCAUGAUAUCUAGAGAGAGCUAGGAGGGACAUUCGCUGCUUAUGUUUCCGACAUGGGUUCACGGUUUAAUUCGAUAUAUAUUCGUCUUACUUGUGUCACUGUCAGUUAUUGUAUAGCGUGGUCGAUUCUUUGUUGUUGGGGAGACCGUCUCGGCUCCGGUUGCUCCAAAUGUUGUUGCAGCAAAAAUAAGUAGGUGGUGCCGUUAAAUCCUAGAUCCAACUCUGCUGUUGAUAUAUUGCCGUUUACUCAGGCGCCUGAAUGUUGCUGGAAAAUGUAGCAUCUUUGAUUAGCUCAA